UCUCAAAAUCAACCUGUUGGCGAGAGCGCCAAGCGAAUCACUACAGGGGAUCACCGCUCCUCGCAACUCUUCUCCUCCACCACAACAGCCCUAGAGUUGGUAAUCAUCCAUUCGCUUUCUAGGUACCUACUCUACGCAUCGGCGAUCGAGUUCGUUGCUGUGCAAUUGCACGUUGCCCCCCUCCACCCCCAAAAAGGAGGAACCCAAACCCAGAAAAGCAAUCGGCAACUUUAUCUAGUCUCGUCGCGGAGAACACAUAUUGUUGGAAACGUCAGAAAAAUACAAUAAAGAGAAGCGAGCACCAACUUGGGGCUGCGUAUCGAGGUUCGACCACUUUCACAAGUCGCCCACCACAACCGAUACGGGCCGCCAUGUCGCGACGACCAGAUUCCUUUCGCAUGUCGAGUCGGUCUUCAUUCUCAUCAUCAGCGUCGUCAUCAUCAUUAUUAUCAUCGCAGUCUGCGACGACCUUUAAGCGCGCCGCUUUCGACGCUAUCCACCAUAUCCGGGCGUCAUUUGCAUCUGCGACACAAAAGCGCAGUAUUGAUCCCAAUUGUUCGCCACAGCCGGGCGUGAACCUGUGCGAGAAGCCAGCAGAGGCAACCUCAGAUGUUACCUGGGCGAUUAUUGGCAGUGUGCUCGCUUUCGUUGCGGCAACUACCAUUAUAGUAGCAUAUCUUCUUCACCUUCGCCGGAAAAAGGUCCACAAGAAAGAAGAUCAAAAUGACCCGUUCCAGAUGGACGACUAUGGUUUCGACGAAGCCGCUGCCGCAGAAGCAGCCAAGUCAAAAGCGAAUUUGUUCCGACGAUCCCAUCAAUCCUCUACCACUUCGGUUUCCACGCCAUCGCCAUUAAAACCCAUGGAACGCAGGCUGUCCUUUGACGAAUCGCCCUACGCUGUUGGCGCCGCUGCCGGGAUCCGAUCCUCUUCAGCCAUUGGGGGAGAUGUUAUCUACAGCGAAGUCAGCACUCCACCGGGCGCGGCACUGCCGCCUGGCGUCGGCUUGAGAGAAAGUCAAUUCCUCGGGGUUCCGGGAAUUGAGGGGAUGGACUUGGGUGGUUUCCCGAUGGAUCGGGAACGUGAAAGGGAGCGGUCGAGAUCGAGGGCCCGGUCGACUUAUUCCCACUCUCCUCACAAUGGAUCCCGUAGACAGAUGCAGCGCCGAUCCCGACCCUCCAGUGUGCAGAGCGCUCCGUUUACGCCCGGAAGCCUGACGCCAACGCGAGGACCUAGACCGGCUGCGGGAGGCGACGGAGCCAGUGCCGCCAGUAGCAGCGGCCUUCGCUCUCCCCUUUCCGACGACGCUUCCUCUGCUUCUGUCAGGUCUUCCGAGAUGUUGCGUCCGCCCGUCGAUGGUGAUGUUGACGCUCUUGCUGGCGCCGAUAUGCCCGGCCCGAUACCAUGGGAGAGGGAUCAACAGCAAGGAAAAGUGGUGGUGGUGAGGGAGACGACGGUGGAGAAGAAGGGAAGCAGCGAAACAAUUGCAGAGGAAGACGAAAAGGCCGAUAAGCCUAAGAGCAGUCAUGGGAUCCCCGUGGUAGCCCCGGAAACAGAACGGGUCGCUAAGGAGGAGGGGGAAAAACCUAUAACCGCUGAACUGGAGACAGUAGAGGUCGGGAUGGAGGGAAAAAGGAUCGAGCAAGCGCCAAGGAUAUGACCUGACCGCGAAUUAAUGACGCGUACGCGCGCGCGCGGGGAGGAGCAUUUUGGAUGCGUAUGGUGUAAUGAAUCAUUUGCUGCUUACAGGGAAGGAUAAAAUGGGUGCAAUACGGAAGGGUUAAAGAUAUGUCUUGAUUUUUCUAUUCUUCUUCCGUCAUGGGCAUCAUCUAUCUAUCUCUCGGAUUCCGCCACGAUAUAAUUCAUCAUCAUGAUGG